AUGCCACAUCGACUACCAAUUAACUCGCUUCUCUUGCGGCUGAGAUCGCUAGUCACUGCACAAGUGACCAACUACUUUGCGGAACAUGACUUCAUUCAGUGCCAUCCACCAAUCAUCACCUCCUCCGAUUGCGAGGGCGCAGGAGAGGUGUUCACUGUGGCGCCUGGAGCACCUUCUUCAGCAGACAAAAGCUCCUCGAAUCAGGUCAAAAAGCAAGAAGACAUGUUUUUCGGUUCCCCCAAGUAUCUGACGGUCUCCAGUCAGCUUCACCUAGAGGCUUUAGCUCAGUCAGUAAACAAGGUCUGGGCCUUGUCUCCAACAUUCCGAGCCGAGAAGAGUGAUACAGCCCGUCAUCUUAGCGAGUUCUACAUGCUGGAAGCAGAAUUAGCUUUCACAGAGGAUGUGAAUGUCGUCAUGGAUGUUGUGGAAAAUAUGCUGCGUUCCGUUGCGUUGAAAUUACAAGAGUCGGUUGUAGGUCAAGAACUUCUCGAGGCACGAGCACGAGACCAGGACCAAGAGAGCACAUCCGUGUCGCACACUGUCCUCGCACAACGGUGGCAAGGGCUGGUAGCGGGGCCAUGGCCUCGAACCACCUAUGCGGCCGCAAUACAACACCUUAAAGACGCAGUGGCUCAGGGCAAGGCGGAUUUUGAGUAUGCACCUGGUCAUGAAGAUGGUCUCCAGACCGAGCACGAACGAUUCUUGGCUGAGAGCUUGGGACGCGGUGGACCCGUAUUCAUCACUGAUUAUCCACGUAACAUCAAGCCUUUUUACAUGGCGCCGUCAAAUGACCCGACAGCUGACAACCCGGCCACCUCGACCGUCGCAUGCUUCGAUCUCCUUGUACCUGAGAUCUGUGAACUGGUCGGGGGCUCUAUGCGUGAACAUCGACUAGCAGAACUCUUGCAAUCCAUGGACGAACACGGUCUUCAACAAGCGCCGGAUAGCACUACCGACGCAUCAGACGGCUCCCUGCAGUGGUAUGUGGAUCUCCGCCGAUACGGCAGUGUACCGCAUGGAGGCUUUGGUCUAGGGUUCGAUCGACUCCUGUGCUACCUCGCUGGUGUAUCUAACAUCAGGGACGUAGUCAGCUUUCCCCGGUGGUACAAGCGGUGCGAGUGUUGA